AUGUCACCUCUAUUCCCCUCGAUUGCGGAGAUCGACGCUCGUUUGAGAGCACCGACGGCCGAGAGCCAGAAGAAGUCCAGCGGGUUCUGGGCUAACAGCGCGCUCCCGGUUGCAGAGAAGAAGCCGACGAUCGAGCUGUUUAGCACUGAAUACUACUGGACCUGCGCGCUCGGUGGUGCUUUGGCCUGUGGACCUACGCAUUCUGCUGUCACACCUCUUGAUCUGGUGAAGUGCCGAAGACAGGUUGAUCCCACGAUCUACAGCAGCAACAUGCAAGGAUGGAAGACGAUUAUCAAAUCCGAAGGCUUUGGUGGAGUGUUCACCGGAGUUGGUGCCACGUUUAUUGGUUACACUUUCCAAGGAGCAGGAAAGUACGGACUGUACGAGCUCUUCAAGAAGAAAUACAGCGACCUUGUGGGCGAGAGACUGGCGUUCGACUACAGAACAGAGGUCUACCUCGCCGCGUCUGCCUCUGCCGAGUUCUUCACCGACCUCGCGCUCUGCCCGUGGGAGGCCAUUAAAGUGCGCACGCAGACCACUAUCCCGCCGUUUGCCUCGUCUGUGUUUGACGGAUGGAACAAGAUCACCGCGACCGAGGGCUUCGGUGGCCUGUACAAGGGCUUGGUGCCGCUGUGGUUCCGACAGAUUCCCUACACGAUGCUGAAGUUUGCCUCCUUCGAGCGAACGGUCGAGAAGAUCUACGACACGCUGCCGAAGCCGAAGAGCGAGUACUCGACGCUGCAGCAGACCGGUGUGUCGUUCCUCGGUGGAUACAUUGCCGGAAUCCUGUGUGCGGCCGUGUCGCAUCCCUCGGACGUGAUGGUCUCGAAGAUCAACGCCGACAGACUGCCUGGCGAGUCGAUGGGCGCGGCGGUGGGCAGAAUAUACUCAAAGAUCGGGUUCGUGGGUCUGUGGAACGGGUUGCCGGUCCGUAUCUUCAUGAUUGGUACGUUGACUGCGAUGCAGUGGUUGAUCUACGACUCGUUCAAGCUCUACGUUGGACUGCCUACUACCGGCGGCCACUAG